GCGCGCUUCCCGCGCAUGCGCGCACCCCGCAGCGCCGCGCGCGCGUUGCUUUGUGGCGGCCGCGCUCUCCGUGGGAGGCGGGUCGGCUCGGCGUUCUGCCCUUCGCGGGUCCGCCCGUCCGCCCCUCGCCUUUGUGCCACCCUCGCGACCCUCAGCUCGGGGCGGCCGAGCCCGAGCCCUGUCGGCCCGCGCGGACCCGGGAGGCGUGGCUGACGGGCUGGCGCGGCGCGCCAUGGGGCGGGGGCGCCGCCGGACGCGCCCGGCGCCUGCGGAGCCCGCCUGACGCCGACCCGGGGCGCGCGGCCGACCCCGCGGGGCUGCGCGAGCGUCCCCGGCCCCAGCCGGGGCGGCCGUCGAGGGAGGGCGCCAUGGACACCGCGGAGACCCGGGGGGCGGAGCCUGCUCGUCCCCUCAGAGAGAUUCCAGCAGACGCACUGCCUCAGGGUCUCCCGGAGGCCAGGCCCGAGGAGCCCGUGACUUUCAAGGACGUGGCCGUGGACUUCUCCCAGGAGGAGUGGGGCCAGCUGGGCUCCCCCCAGCGGGCCCUGUACCGGGACGUGAUGCUGGAAAACUACCAGAACCUUCUCUCCCUGGGGCCUCCGGUCUGCAAGCCGGACGUCAUCUCCCACCUGGAGCGAGGCGAGGAGCCAUGGCGGGCUCCCAGAGACGGGCCUGCGGGGCCCGGUCCAGAACCAGGACGGGAGCCCGGGCCUGAGGCGGAGGAGACGCUUGUUUACAAGGAAGAGCCGCCCUGGGAGCCGAUCGCGGAAGGGCUGGCGAGGACUGGUGUGCACAACCCUGGGUUCGGCAACGGGUGUACCUGGGGGGGCCCGGCGACUGCUCUGACCCGAGGCGAAGCCGCCUACGCUAGUGGUGGGUCCGCCGAGGAGCGCCGGCGAGGCCGCUGUGAGUCCAAGGAGGCACUUGGCUUGCAGAGCGCCCUGCCGGCCCAGCGCCUUCCCUCAGAAGGCGCCUCCCCGGAAGGCCAGCCGGGGAGAGUGCGGUCCACCGGGGCCGGAAGCCGGCGCCGGAGCCAGGGAGCGGGGAGCGGCCCGUUCGCCUGCGGCGAGUGCGGCCAGGCCUUCAGCUGGAGCGCAAACCUGCUGGAGCACCGGCGCGCGCACACCGGCGAGAAGCCCUUCCUGUGCGGCCAGUGCGGCAAGGCCUUCAGCUGCCGCUCGUCCCUCAACGUGCACCGGCGCGUGCACACGGGCGAGCGGCCCUACAAGUGCGGCCAGUGCGGCAAGGCCUUCAGCUGCAGCUCGCUGCUGGGCAUGCACCUGCGCGUGCACACGGGCGAGCGGCCCUACCGCUGCGGCGAGUGCGGCAAGGCCUUCAACCAGCGGACGCACCUCACGCGCCACCACCGCGUGCACACGGGCGAGAAGCCCUUCCGCUGCGCCGCGUGCGGCCGGGCCUUCGCCUGCCAUUCGUCGCUGACGGCGCACGAGAAGCUGCACAGCGGCGACAAGCCCUUCCGCUGCGGCGACUGCCCGAAGGCCUUCAGCAGCCGCUCGCGCCUGACGCUGCACCGGCGCGCGCACACGGGCGAGAAGCCCUUCCGCUGCGGCCAGUGCGCCAAGGCCUUCAGCUGCCACUCGUACCUGGCGGUGCACCAGCGCGUGCACAGCGGCGAGCGGCCCUUCCGCUGCGACGAGUGCGGCAAGGCCUUCAGCUCCCACUCGUACCUGGUCGUGCACCGGCGCGUGCACACGGGCGAGAAGCCCUUCGACUGCGGCCGCUGCUGGAAGGCCUUCAGCUGCCACUCGUCGCUCAUCGUGCACCAGCGCGUGCACACGGGCGAGAAGCCCUACCGGUGCGGCCGCUGCGGCCGGGCCUUCAGCCAGAACCACUGUCUCAUCAAACAUCAGAAGACGCACUCGGCCGAGAAGGCCUUCAAGUGCCACGAGUGCGGCGAGGUGUUCGGCUGGAGCGCGCCCCUGGCGGAGCACCGCAGGCUCCACGGCGGCGAGAAGCCCUUCGCCGUCCAGUUGGACCAGCGCUUGCUGAGCCCCUGUUACGUGCCUGGCGGCCUGCUGGGCGCGGGAGCCUCGGGCGGGGGCGGCGUGGGCCCGAUCGAUGCCCUGGACGUGGCCGAGCUCCUGGGUGUGGCCCCGCCCUCGAGCAGCAGGAGUUUCCCCCUGGGGAGCAACCCCGGAAAUUAACGUGUGUGUGACACACCCACCUGAAACACGCCUAGAGGUCGUGGGCUGCCGAAGAGGGAGCUGGUGGGAGAGCGCCGAGGGCAUCCUGUCCUCCCGCUGAUGUUCAGAAGGCGGGGAGGGGCGCUCUUCUCAGGUGAGGGGGGACCCUGUCCUCAAGUGCUUGGACAGCUGCCUCCUUGAUUGCCAUCCCGAGUUUCUUCUGUAAACUCUUUUAACAUGAUAAUUAAAGGGGAGAGAAAACAGAAUUACAGACAGUAUUACUUCUAAGUGAACACACUGCUGCGGGAGGGGAGAGUAGGCUCCGAUGGUGGGCCUUUGGGAAGAAGCAAGUUCCCUGGACUCGCCACACUCAGCGCGUUAGUGGCCGUGCAGCCCAGCGUCCCGUCUGGCCACCCCGUCCAUGGCGGAAGCAGGCUUUCUACCCCAGCUGGUGAGGCCACCUGCGGGGCUGCUGCGGACCGCACGGCACUCAGCCCCUGAGAGGAGGCGCACCUGGUGGCCCCGGAGACGGGGAGAGGUGGUGUCCCUCUGGGACUCGGCCAUCCCGCUCAGUUUAGAGCAGAGACCAGCUGCCGGCUCACGUCUGUACAGAGCGCCUGAGUCUUAUCUCACACUUUCAUCAAAGUAUGUAUGGAGGCUGAAUGACCAGUUUCAGAAAAUAGGAAUUGAGGGAAGCGAUACCCGUGAUUCUCAAUAAAGCUGCAUUUUGCACCUU